UUUGAACUAACCUCUGUUAAUAUUUCAGUGCAACACAAAAGUGCUUCUCUUACUAUCAAUGAGAACUAUGACUCUGAUGUUCGUACCGAUACAGAGACAUUCCUGAAUAGGAUAGUUCCUGAGGGGGCAUCUGCACCGUGGAGACAUACCCUUGAAGGCCCAGAUGACAUGCCAGCACACAUUAAAUCAUCAAUGUUUGGCUGCCAACUGUCGAUUCCAAUCACAAAUGGGAAGCUUAACAUGGGAACUUGGCAGGGAAUAUGGUUGUGCGAGCAUCGUGACGAACCUAGUGUU